GGCCAUGACCAUAUGUCGAACACCAUCUGAUCCUGCGCCGUAUGAGAUAUGAGAGCUGUUCAUAAGGCACUCGGACGGCAGCGGUCUCUCCGGCUCUGGCUACAACUUGAGGUUCCAGCCGUUCGCAUGCAGUACACAUCUGAGUAUCUCGAAAUCAGCUGCUGAUUCUCGCGAUCGGGGCUUUCCGCCACUGAUCAUCAGCAUCAGCAUCUUCAUUUCCCCCCUUACGUCAUCCCCGUCCUCGUCAGUCUCGACGUAUACACUGUUGUCUCGCAGUUCAAGGUCAAGGCCUAUACAACCUUUCAACAUGCCCAGUCAGAUAGAAUUUGCGACGUAUGUGGUGCAGAGGCUCAAGCAAUGCGGUAUCAAGCAGGUCUUUGGUGUCCCAGGUGACUACAAUCUUGAAUUGCUCGACUACUUUGAGAAAGAGGAAGGGAUCGAUUGGGUCGGGAACGCCAAUGAGCUGAAUGCUGCGUAUGCCAGUGAUGGGUAUGCCAGAGUCAAAGGGACACUCGCCGUCCUUAUCACGACCUUUGGUGUGGGCGAGCUGAGCGCGUUGUGUGGGAUAGCAGGAAGUCUCGCUGAGCGCCUACCCAUUUUGCACAUCGUGGGAGCUCCCAGCACUUCCAUGCAGCACAAUCGCACUCUCUUGCACCAUACUCUCAACACUGAAUCCACAUUCACGACUUUCUCCACCAUGUCGGAGCCGUUGUCUUGCUCUCAAGCAUUGUUGAACCAGAUCGACCCCUCAACCGAUACAGCCUGGACCGAGGCUUUUGACAAGGUGCUCAAGGAUGUUCUGGAGCAAUGCAGACCGGGAUACGUCGAGAUCCCGACGGAUGCCGUGCAUAAAAAGGUCUCCGAUGAGGGGCUACAGGAGAAGCUUCCACACCCUCAUUCCGCUCCGCCCCCAGAAUCCACCGCUACAGGCCUACCUCUCGAGACAAAGAUCAACACGGUUUCGCAAGCCCCUUCAGAUCAUCCAGUCUCUGAUUCAGCCGACAAAGUCACCGAGCAUGUCGUGCAGGAGAUCACGGCGCGUUUCGUCAAGGCUGAAAGGCCGGUGGUUCUGGUCGACGCCUGUGCAGGACGCUUCGGGAUGGCUGGAGAAGUGAGAAAGCUUGUCGAGUCGUGUGGUAUAAGAUUCUUUGAGACACCGAUGGGCAAGUCGUUGCUUGAUGAGCACCACCCACUCUUUGGAGGAUGCUAUGCCGGAGCAAAUUCUCUUGAGGCUGUUCGCAAGGAAGUCGAGAGCGCCGAUUUUGUCCUCUACGUGGGAGCUCUGAAAAGCGAUUUCAACUCCGGAUCUUUCUCGGUCAACAUUGACACUGCCAUCACUAUCGAGCUCCACUCUUUCACAACGAACAUUGGCUAUGCUUCGUACCCAACUACUGACAUUCGACACAUUCUACCGCUUCUCCGACCGAGCUUCGAAGCCGCGGCAACAAGGCGCACCACGAAGCCCAUCGAGGGAGAGUCAUUGGACGAGAAGAGAAAGGACGGAAGGAUCCAGACUUUGCCCAAAGAUGUGGACGAGAACGCCAUCAAGCACGCUUGGCUCUGGCCUACGAUGGGAGAAUGGUUCAAGGAUACAGACAUCAUUAUCACUGAGACUGGGACCUCCUCGUUCGGAUUGACAAAUGUCGCUCUCCCGUCACACUCUACAUACGUCGCUCAGAUCCUCUGGGGAGCCAUUGGUUGGUCAGUUGGCGCUUGCCUGGGAUGUGCCCUUGCAGCCAAGGAAUCAGAAGACAAUCGACGGACCGUUCUCUUUGUUGGUGACGGAUCGCUUCAGCUGACACUUCAAGAAAUUGGGACCAUGCUCAAAACUGGAGUCUGCCCUUACUUGUUUGUACUAAACAAUGACGGCUACGAAAUCGAACGACAGAUACACGGCUGGGAUGCAAAAUAUAACGAUAUCCAAUUAUAUGACCAUCAGCUCCUGUUGCCCUUCCUGGCAGGUAAGAAAUGCAAGACGCCAUACGAGUCCUUCGAGGUUCACACCCCUGCCGAGCUGUCCAAAUUGCUAGCGGAUGAAGCAUUCAACGUUCCCGAUAAGCUCAGGCUGAUCGAAGUCUAUAUGCCUCGUGGUGACAGUCCUGAAGGGUUAAUCAAACAGGCCAAGUUGACUGCAGAGGCCAAUGCCAAAGUAUAGGAAUAGAUGAGACGAGAUGCCACAUAGAUUCUCUAAUUCGGUGCACCGUUAAGGCUCCCCUAUGUGGUAGGAAUAUUUC